CUUCCGUGAGACACUUACAUAUUAAACAUAUAAACAUCACGUGUAAAUAGUCGAAAUUCGCUUGACAUGUUUCGUCGAGCAUUUUCAAUAAGCUGGCGCGAAAGUAUCCCGACGUAGAGCGUCCCUGCGCGAAACGCCGCGAACGGUAGUCUGGCUCCGUCGCGACGAAACGCUCGUAGAUAUCUAUCUCUAUCGCUCUUGCGUAUUGACGCGACGGAGCCAGACUACCUUUCGCGGCAUUUCGUUUUCGUUUCGCGUCGCAGAAAUGCCAUUCGGCUACGGCACCUGGAUGGAGGUACGGAAUGAAACAUGUCGACCGAAAUUCGACUAUUUACACUAAAUUUCUUCGUCUUUUUGAAGGCACAAGACCCGCCAGAUUGUGAGGGGCCUUUCUGUCCAAUAAAAUGCCCACCAGGCACCUACAGGUACGACACCGGUUGCGACUACCUCCAACCAGAACCAACCUGCAAGAACCCGAGGCCGGCAAAAGAGACAGAGUACCAAAUAUGUGACUACCAGGCGUGUUACUGCAGUCCACCGACUGUGAGGAAUGAAGAAACCAAGCAAUGCGUGGAGCUAUGCGACUGCCCGAGGAAACAUGUAACUGUGACGCCACGGACUCCAGUGACGCCAGUCACGAAAAGAACGCCAGUCACGCCGAGAACUCCGGUGACUCGAAGAACGCCUGUAACCUCUAGUUGUUAAACUUGGAAUUCAUUUCACUAUACAAACACACACACACACACACACACACACACACACACACACACACACACACACACACACACACACACACACACACACACACACACACACA